CUCUCGGGUGCAAGCGGAAGUGGCAUGAGUGGCUAACAUGAAUAAACGACCUUUCAUCUAAGACCUUACCAUCAUACAUCCUUACCAGCCAGUCUGAUUGAUAAAGGUAUGCCACAGAAAGAUCCGUGUCAAAAGCAAGCAUGUGCAAUUCAGCACUGUUUACAAGCUAACAAGUACAUGGAGAGCAUGUGUGAGGAUGUGAUCAGGGAGAUGCGGCGGUGCUGUGAGGCGCAGGCUGGAAACUCCAUCUGCUGCUCCGGGUUCAAGGACUCAAAACCCACUCAGACCCAAAAGUAACACAUAGCUCCCUGUGGGAUUCUUUUGGUGGCGAUAAUGGCAGAAACAUUGUGUCAAUGUUUUACGGAGUGUUUAACACGCCAUAUUGCAACAGCGCAGUGAGUUGUUUGAAACAUCAUUUGGAAGAAUGUGAGUUUUUACAAACGCCAUGAACUAGGCUUUAAAUGAUCUCUAUUGUCUAAUCUCAAUGAGAACAGGCCUUUUCUCAUGGCAGACAUGUAAUUGCAGAAAGGCUCUGGAGCUGGCACACCCACAGGAUGUGGCGUUUAACCAUUAUCAAUGUAAAAGCCGUUAGACCCCUAGACUGUAAGAGUGUGUGUAGACUGUAUAUUUCCCUGACUCCCCUGUUAGCUUUGUUACACCUGUUAGGGCACGACAAAUUACACUGUUGUCUUUCACAGUAGUACAGUGAGUCUGGUGACUUUCUUUCAGUUUUUAAGGGACAAUGUUUUAUAUGUAAAGGGAAUAUCACUGAAAAGUCAUGCUGGGAAGCACAGACUUCUGUAAACAGAUGCAUUAUCAUUUCUUAUCAAAGAUGAUAAUCAAGCCACUUCAGCUUUUGUUUGCAGACCUCAGAUAUGCAUGGUACAUAAAAUUGUUGUUGUACAGAGCUUAUCAGGACAGCAAAAAAAUGCAACGACUUAAAGAAAGAAAUGUAAUUCUAUCUCAUCAACAAUGAAGUUCUCUCUGUGUGACUGCUAUAUGUCAGCCUUGUGCUCUUGAUUAGUAUCUAAUGUCUAAACAAGAAAUUUAACCUGUUGACCAUUUGAUCAUUUGCCAGGCUAUGUGUUGUCCUCCAAAAAUCUUUUCCAAUAU